GCGCCGAGGCGGGCGCGCAGGGGGCGGCACCGGCGGCGGCGGCACCGGGAGGGGCUCCGGGACCGGCACCGGCACCGGGGGGCGCCUCCCCCCGGGCUCGUCCCUACCGGUUGCACGGGGGCCAUGCGCAUCCCGGGGCCAGGAGGAGCCGCCGCCGCUCCCGCCGCCGCGCAUCGCUAGGGACCGGCUCCGGUAACGGCAGCGGGAGGGGCUCCGGUACCGGCACCGGCAGCGGGAGGGGCUCCGGGCACCGGGAGAGCUCCGGGACCGGCACCCGGAGGGGGCUCCAGUACCGGCGUCGGGACCGUGUUGAGCGCCGGCAGCGGCUCCGGGACCGGGAGGGGCUCUAGUACCGGCACCGGGAGGGGCUCCGGGACCGGCUCAGGCACCGGGAGAGGCUCCGGGACCGGCACUGGGACCGUGUUGGGCACCGGCAGCGACUCCGGUACCGGCUGAGGCACCGGGAGAGGCUCUGGGACACCGGCUCCGGGCACCGGGAAAAGCUCCGGUACCGGCACCGUGUCGAGCACCGGCAGCAGCACCGACACUGGCACCGGGUCGGCACCGGCGGCAGCACCGACACCGGUACCGGGACCGCGCUGGGCACCGGCAGCAGCUCCAGUACCGGCACCGGGCACAUCUCAGGGUCCCCGGUGCCCCCCGCCCCGGUCCCGCGAACGAUGGAGCCGGUACCGGGCUCCAGGAAGAGCCUCUCGCUGUCGCUGCCGGUGCCCCGGGAGGGGCCCAGCACCCUGAAGCCCCCCCAGCACCUCUGGCGCCAGCCCCGCACCCCCAUCCGCAUCCGCCACCGCGGCUUCUCCGACACCGACCGGCACCGGCCCCGGCCCAUGGAGCGGGCGGACGCCGUCGACACCGGGGACCGGCCCGGGCUGCGCAAAUCCCGCAUGUCCUGGCCCUCCUCCCUGCACGGGACCCCCGGCACCGGCAGGCGCCUGGAGGCGGAGAAUGGCCCCCCGGGGGCGCGCAGCCCCCCGGACCCCCAGGGCAGCCCGGGGCUGGUGCUGCUGCCCGGAGCCCCCCCGGCCCCCGCCGCGAGUCCUUCCUCUACCGCUCCGACAGCGACUACGACGCCUCCCCAAGAGCAUGUCCCGCAACUCCUCCGUCGCCAGCGAGGCCCACGCCGAGGACCUGAUCGUCACCCCCUUUGCCCAGGUCCUGGCGAGUCUCCGCAGCGUCCGCAGCAACUUUUCCAUCCUGACAAAUGUCCCCUCCCCCACGGCCAGCAAGCGGUCGCCCAUCGGCUCGCAGCCCCCCCUCUGCAAGGCCACGCUCUCGGAGGAGACGUCGCAGCAGCUGGCGCGGGAGACGCUGGAGGAGCUGGGAUUGGUGCCUGGAGCAGCUGGAGACCCUGCAGACCCACCGCGCCGUCAGCGAGAUGGCCAGCAACAAGGUGGGCACGGGCCGGGGGGGGCGGGGGCGGGGGCGGGGACCCCCUGCUCUGA